ACGAAAAGAAACUUCAGUCAACCGAUACUGUACAGGCGUGUUUGACUUUAUGCGACGCUGCGCAGACCGAUCGGCGUAUGACAUCAAAGCACCGCGAAAGCCAUCGCUCUCGCGGUACUUUAAUGUCAUUUCGUUGAGUCUGCGCAGCGCGGCUUGAAGUAGGUCACGCCUCACAUCUCACUUGAACUCUUGACUUGACGUAGGCAGCACCGUUUGAUAAAAUAAUUAUAUAACUUAAAAUCUAAAGUGGAGAACUUCACGUAUAUCGUGACCAUUGCAAUCGGUUAGGAAAUGCAAGCGUUAUGUGUUUUUAUUUUUUGUGUCCACUUCUGCGUGUUCUGUUUGGGGAGCUUUGCCCUCCUCAAUAUGGCGGCGGCGUUGUACGUGAACUCGGCGCUGGGAAUUACGUCACACCCGAGUUACGCUACACAAGUCGGAAACCCAAGAUGGAUACGUCCAAGCAAAAAUUUGUUGUUCUUGCUGUUGAGGAAUACAAACAAUUAAAGGACCAAUAUGAAGUCCACCUAAAAAAUGUAAUGGAAGAAGAAAAGAGACGCAGGAGCAUACUUAUAUCCUCAAUGCUGCGUUCAACACAGCGACUGAAAACUGGAAUAGAGGGAGAAACCGAAGCAACUCCGACUUCAGAAUCCAAAAUGGCUUCUCAGCCAACCAACGUAUAUUUGGACACCAACAUGAACAUGUUCAUGGAUGCCCAGAGGAGCACUCCAUUUUCUGGUCCCUUGUAUCAGAAGGAAGCAGACCCCACCACAUUCUACUUGAAUGAGGACCUUACUUUCCAGAUCAACGUGAUUGAAGCUGAAGACUUGCAAACCAUAACAGAGGGCUGCCAAGAGAGCAUUGAUGCUGGAUCCAGUGCGUUUCCAUCACCUGUGCCAAUGCCAGCAAAUGAUGGCUUCAGCAAAGACCAUACUUUAUUUUUGAUCAACUUUAUGCGUGAGCACAUUGAAAGUAAAGGUGAAGGACACCCCAAAACUCUGAAAGAGCUAAAUGCACGGCUAAAAACUGCCAAGUGCAGUAAAAAAAAGCUAUGGAGAGAUGCGGCAGAAAAGUUGACUGGCCAUUUCAUGCAGUCGUUCUGCCCUGACAAAGUGGCAAGGAAAUGGAAUACACUUGCAGAAGCCUACAAAAAAAUUAUUGAAAACAAUAAAAUUCCAGGGAAGAAGAAAAUCCGCUUUCAGUUUUAUUCAGAAAUGGAUGACCUUUUUACAGGCCAGCAUGAUGUGGUCUUUCCUGCUGUUAGUACAUCACACUCACCUGUGCCAAUGCCAGCAAAUGUUGCCUUCAACACAGAGCAGACUUUGUUUUUGAUCAACCGUAUGCGGGAACACAUCGAAAGUAAAGGCGAAGGACUACCCAAAACUCUGGACGAGCUGAUUGCACGGCUAAAAUCUCCUAAGGGCAGCAAAAAAGCGUUUUGGAAAGAUGUUGCAGAUAUGUUGUCCACCCAUUUUAAGGAGUCUUUUAGCCCUGACAAAGUGACCAGGAAGUGGUAUACACUUGUAGAUGCCUAUAAAAAAAUUAAAGAUAGCAAUAAAACGCCAGAGAAGCACAAAAUCCGCUUUCAGUUUUAUUCAGAAAUGGAUGACCUUCUUGGAAAGCAGCAUGAUGUGGUCUUCCCUGUUGUUGGCAGUGGCACAUCAGUGGGUCUAGAUGUGCGCAGACCUCAAGCUGCACCAUGCCAAACAACACCACCAACGUCCACACCAACACCUCCUUGUAAGCGUCAAAAGGUGGAUAGUGAAUUGAUGCAAUAUUUGCUGGACUCGGAAGAAGCCAGUCAACGGCGUCAUGAGGAGACUCUAGCGCAGCUAAAGUCGGCUCAGCAGGGUUUCGAGGCUCUCAUGACAAAGUUGCUUGACAAACUGUAGCUGUUUGUCAUGUGAUGUUUGGUAAUGUGCUUAAAGGACAAGUUCGGUAUUUUACACUUAAUGCCCUGUUUUCAGAUUGUUUAUGAUGAAAC